AGCGGCGACGGGGCUGCGGACGGUGCCCAGACCGAUUCCCGGGCCCCCGGCGCCGCUGCGCCCAGCGCCGGUCCCGGGCCAUGCGCUGCCGCUCGGGAGUCCGAGCGCCAGCUGCGCCUCAGGCUCUGCGUCCUCAACGAGAUCCUGGGCACCGAGAGGGACUACGUGGGCACCUUGCGCUUCUUACAGUCGGCAUUCCUGCACCGCAUCCGGCAGAAUGUGGCGGACUCAGUGGAGAAGGGCCUCACGGAGGAGAAUGUCAAGAUCCUGUUCUCAAACAUUGAAGACAUCCUGGAGGUUCACAAGGAUUUCCUGGCUGCCCUGGAAUAUUGUCUGCAUCCGGAGCCUCAGUCUCAGCAUGAACUCGGGAAUGUUUUCUUGAAAUUCAAGGACAAGUUCUGCGUGUAUGAGGAAUACUGCAGCAACCACGAGAAGGCCCUGAGGCUGCUGGUGGAGCUCAACAAGAUCCCCACGGUGCGCGCCUUCCUUUUGAGCUGCAUGCUUUUGGGAGGCCGGAAGACCACAGACAUCCCGCUGGAGGGCUACCUGCUGUCUCCCAUCCAGCGGAUUUGCAAGUACCCGCUCCUGCUCAAGGAGCUGGCCAAGAGGACGCCCGGCAAGCACCCAGACCACCCUGCGGUCCAGAGCGCGCUGCAGGCCAUGAAGACGGUGUGCUCCAACAUCAACGAGACCAAGCGGCAGAUGGAGAAGCUGGAAGCCCUGGAGCAGCUGCAGUCUCACAUCGAGGGCUGGGAGGGCUCCAACCUCACGGACAUCUGCACCCAGCUCCUCCUGCAGGGAACCUUGCUGAAAAUCUCUGCAGGCAACAUUCAAGAGCGGGCCUUCUUCCUCUUCGACAAUCUCCUCGUCUACUGCAAGCGGAAGUCCAGGGUCACUGGGAGCAAGAAAUCCACCAAGAGGACCAAAUCCAUCAAUGGCUCCCUCUACAUCUUCAGGGGCCGAAUCAACACUGAAGUCAUGGAGGUGGAAAAUGUGGAGGAUGGGACAGCCGAUUACCACAGCAAUGGCUACACUGUCACCAACGGCUGGAAGAUCCACAACACGGCUAAGAAUAAGUGGUUCGUCUGCAUGGCCAAGACGGCAGAGGAGAAGCAGAAGUGGCUGGAUGCCAUCAUCCGAGAGCGGGAGCAGCGUGAGAGUCUGAAGCUGGGCAUGGAGCGCGAUGCCUAUGUCAUGAUUGCAGAGAAGGGUGAGAAGCUCUACCACCUGAUGAUGAGCAAAAAGGUGAAUCUGAUCAAGGACCGCCGGAGAAAGCUGAGCACGGUGCCCAAGUGCUUCCUCGGCAAUGAGUUUGUGGCCUGGCUCCUGGAAAUUGGUGAAAUCAGCAAGACGGAGGAAGGGGUCAACCUGGGCCAGGCGCUGCUGGAGAACGGCAUCAUCCAUCACGUGUCCGACAAGCACCAGUUCAAGAACGAGCAGGUGAUGUACCGCUUCCGCUACGACGACGGCACCUAUAAGGCCCGGAGCGAGCUGGAGGACAUCAUGUCCAAGGGUGUGAGGCUUUACUGCCGUCUCCACAGCCUGUAUACCCCGGUCAUCAAGGACCGUGACCACCACCUGAAGACCUACAAGUCUGUGCUGCCCGGGAGCAAGCUGGUGGACUGGCUGCUGGCCCAGGGAGACUGCCAGACGCGGGAGGAGGCGGUGGCGCUCGGCGUGGGUCUGUGCAACAACGGCUUCCUGCACCACGUGCUGGAGAAGAGCGAGUUCAAGGAUGAGUCCCAGUACUUCCGCUUCCACGCUGAUGAGGAGAUGGAGGGGACCAGCAGCAAGAACAAACAGCUUCGUAAUGACUUCAAGCUGGUGGAGAACAUCCUGGCCAAGCGGCUGCUGAUCCUGCCGCAGGAGGAGGACUACGGCUUCGACAUCGAGGAGAAGAACAAGGCUGUGGUGGUCAAGUCCGUGCAGCGGGGCUCGCUGGCUGAGAUGGCCGGCCUGCAGGUGGGCAGGAAGAUCUACUCCAUCAACGAGGACCUGGUGUUCCUGAGGCCCUUCUCAGAGGUGGAGUCCAUCCUCAACCAGUCCUUCUGCUCCCGCCGCCCGCUGCGCCUCCUGGUGGCCACCAAGGCCAAAGAGACAAUCAAAGUCCCCGAUCACCCAGAGGCCCUGUGCUUCCAGAUCCGUGGAGCUUCCCCACCCUUCGUCUAUGCUGUAGGGAGAGGCUCGGAGGCCAUGGCUGCCGGGCUGUGUGCCGGUCAGUGUGUCCUGAAGGUCAACGGCAACAACGUGAUGAACAACGGUGCCCUCGAGGUCCUGGAGCACUUCCAGGCCUUCCGGAGCCGCCGAGAGGAGGCCCUGGGCCUGUACCAGUGGGUCUACCACUCCCACGAGGAUGCCCAGCAGGCACGAGCCAGUCAGGAGGUGCCCAGCGAGGAUCCCAGCGGUGACGGGGCCCAGGAGGAAGAUCAGCCCGAUGCAGCCUUGCCACUGCUGUCCCUGGGGCCCCAGCUGAGCCUGCGCGAGGACAGCCCCAUGGUCAGCCUGACGGUGGACAACGUGUACCUGGAGCACGGUGUGGUGUACGAGUACGCGAGCACGGCGGGCGUCCGCUGCCACGUGCUGGAGAAGAUCGUGGAGCCCCGGGGCUGCUUCGGCCUCACUGCCAAGAUCCUUGAGGCCUUUGCCGCCGAUGACAGUACCUUCGUGCAGAACUGCAGGCGACUCAUGGCCGCAAGCGCCCGCGUGGAGACCACAGCCCACAAGUUCCUCAGCGCCUGCGACUCCAAGCUGGAAAGCAUCAGCCAGAGGGUCACCCGCUACCGCCAGUUUGCAGCCCAGCUGAGGGGUAGGGUCAGCCCAGCCUUCAAGCAGGCCACCCUGGAGCCCCACCCACUAUGCGGCCUGGACUUCUGCCCCACCAACUGCCACGUCAACCUCAUGGAAGUGUCCUACCCCAAGACCACGCCCUCCAUCGGCAGGUCCUUCAGCAUCCGCUUCGGCCGUAAGCCCUCCCUCAUCGGCCUCGACCCAGAGCAAGGCCACCUGAGCCCCAUGUCCUAUACCCAGCACUGCAUCACCACCAUGGCUGCUCCCUCCUGGAAGUGUCUGCCUGCCGAUGGAGACCCCCAAGGCCAGGCUGUCAGUGACAGCAGCUCAGGGCCGGCCAAUGGGGUCCUCAGCCAGGAAGACCGGGGCCUGAGCUUCCUGCUCAAGCAGGAGGACCGAGAGAUCCAGGAUGCCUACCUGCAGCUUUUCACCAAGCUGGACGUGGCCCUGAAGGAGAUGAAGCAGUACGUCACCCAGAUUAACAGGCUGCUGUCCACCAUCACCGAGCCCACCUCAGCCGGGCCCUGUGACCCGCCCUUGCCCGAGGAGGCCUCCUCCCCACCGCUGGUCAGCGAGGAGAGCGAGAUGGACAGGGCUGACCAUGGGGGCAUCAAGAAAGUGUGCUUCAAGGUGUCCGAGGAGGACCAGGAGGACUCAGGCCACGACACCAUGAGCUACCGUGACUCCUACAGCGAGUGUAACAGCAACCGGGACUCGGUCCUGUCCUACACCAGCGUGAGAAGCAACAGCUCCUAUCUGGGCAGCGACGAGAUGGGGUCCGGGGACGAGCUGCCCUGUGACAUGCGCAUCCCUUCGGACAAGCAGGACAAGCUUCACGGCUGCCUGGAGCAUCUCUUUAACCAGGUGGACUCCAUCAACGCGCUGCUCAAGGGGCCUGUCAUGAGCCGGGCGUUUGAAGAGACCAAGCACUUCCCCAUGGAGCACAGCUUACAAGAGUUCAAACAGAAGGAAGAGUGUACCAUUCGUGGCCGGAGCUUGAUCCAGAUCAGCAUCCAGGAGGAUCCCUGGAACCUCCCCAACUCCAUCAAGACCCUCGUGGACAACAUCCAGCGAUACGUGGAAGAUGGAAAGAACCAGCUGCUCCUGGCCCUGCUCAAGUGCACAGACGCCGAGCUGCAGCCGCGCCGGGACGCCAUCUUCUGCCAGGCCCUGGUGGCCGCCGUGUGCACCUUCUCGGAGCAGCUGCUGGCCGCCCUCAGCUACCGCUACAACAAUAACGGCGAGUACGAGGAGAGCAGCCGCGACGCCAGCCGCAAGUGGCUGGAGCAGGUGGCGGCCACGGGCGUCCUGCUGCACUGCCAGUCCCUGCUCUCGCCAGCUGCCCUGAAAGAGGAACGGACCAUGCUGGAGGACAUCUGGGUGACCCUGUCGGAGCUGGACAAUGUCACUUUCUCCUUUAAGCAGCUGGACGAGAACUACGUGGCCAACACCAACGUCUUCUACCACAUCGAGGGCAGCCGGCAGGCGCUGAAAGUGGUCUUCUACCUGGACAGCUACCACUUCUCCAAGCUGCCGUCCCGCCUGGAGAGUGGGGCCAGCCUCCGCCUGCACACUGUGCUCUUCACGAAAGCUCUGGAGAGUGUGGAAGGGCCGCCCCUUCCAGGCAGCCAGACGGCGGAGGACCUGCAGCAGGAGAUCAACACGCAGUCCCUGGAGAAGGUCCAGCAGUACUACCGCAAGCUCAGGGCAUUUUACCUGGAACGGUCUAACCUGCCCACGGACUCCAGCACCACUGCAGUGAAGAUAGACCAGCUCAUACGCCCCAUCAACGCCUUGGAUGAGCUGUGCCGCCUCAUGAAGUCCUUCGUUCACCCCAAACCUGGUGCGGCUGGGAGCCUGGGAGCAGGCCUCGUCCCUGUGUCCUCAGAGCUCUGCUACCGCCUGGGGGCCUGCCAGAUUGCCAUGUGCGGCACAGGCAUGCAGAGGAGCACCCUGAGUGUGUCCCUGGAGCAGGCGGCCAUCCUGGCGCGGAGCCACGGGCUGCUGCCCAAGUGCAUCAUGCAGGCCACGGACAUCAUGCGGAAGCAGGGCCCCAGGGUGGAGAUUCUGGCCAAAAACCUCCGAGUGAAGGAUCAGAUGCCCCAGGGUGCACCUCGGCUCUACCGCCUGUGCCAGCCUCCUGUGGACGGCGACCUCUGACCACAGACAGACGCACUGUGCCGCGUGUGGGAUGUGGGAGGACACAGUGGAGCCAUGCUCUCCGGCAGAGCCUCCUGCAGCUUUGGCGCUGGCCGCUCCUGCCCGGGUGUGCCUGGCCUCUUCCACUGCCUCCUUCGAGGAUGCACCCGUGACCCUGCGCUCUCACGACUGGCUCAUCUGCCCGGGUGGCACGACCUCCAUCCUCCCGCCAGAAGCCCGAGGGGUCCAGGGACCCAGAGCUCAUGGGUGCGGUGAAGGCCUGGACUUCAGCCUGGCAGGUCCCACAGGGGACAGAGAGGAGGUCAUGGGGCGCACCUGCACUUUCGAAACCCCCAGGUCCACAUUCCAGGAGGCCACGCUCGUCUCCCCGUCCUUAGCUUCCAGACGCACCAGCCCUGCACGGACCCACUCGGCAGACACGGGGAGGCUGGGGCGUUGGCAGGAGAGACGGAGGCAUAGGGCCCGGCACCGCGCCCACGCCAGGCCCCAGCGUCGCUCACUGCCAGCCCUGGGCACAAGAUUUGCUCUGACUUUAUUUAUAUGGCGUGACAUCUCUGCGGUUUAUAUUUUGGGGUUUUUUUUUGUUGUUGUUGUUGAGAUUUUUUUCUAAGGUUGUAUGAUUAUAUAUUUGACAUUUUAAAUUUCAGAGAGAGGUAUAUUGUCUAACAGGACCAACAUAACGUAGUAUUGACAACUUUACCCAGUUCUACUAAAAAAAAAAAGAAAAAAAAGAAAAAAAAAAAGAAAAAGAACUAAAUUAUUGAAAAAUUUUAAAAUGUUGGUAUUUCCUCUUUUUUAAUAUUAGGGUCAUACAGUGCCCCUCACAGGUGUUGACUCCUUCCUUCUCUGCCCACCCCUCGGUCUCCAGCACUUGUGCGGGUUCAAGACUUCGCUCUGGACAGUGGCAGGAAGGGUUUGAGAGGUGGUCUGGCCAAGGCUGGGGACCAGGGGUGCUGAGCCUCUUGCCUGAAAAGCGUCACGUGCAGGUCAGGGCCCUGGGACGCCCAGUGGUGGUGGACUUUGUAAUUUAUUUUUUUGAUGUUAACUUUGCAGAGCAGGGCAUUUGGGGCACCUCAGUCAAAGAGAGAGACAGGCAGUGGCCCUGCCCUCCUGGGCAGAGGGACCCCUCUUCACUUUGUUCCCCAGCCUCUACAUCUCCAGGGAAGGGUGGCAGAGGAGGAAGGCAAAGGAUGUCUGGUCACUCAGGCUGGCUGGGGACAUGGAUGUGGGACUCCUGCUGAGGUAUCUUGGUCCCUUCGGACCCCAGGAUCCCCUGUCGCCACCACACACAAGAUUGUAAGAGGCGGCUUUGUCGCUGUUUCUUGCUGUGGUUAGAAAACCAAGGACCCACUUUAGCCCUGCCAAGGGACACGGAGAAGGGCCCUGAGGGCCAGGGUGCCGUGCACUGGUUUACUUUAAAGUGUACAGAUUCUUCUCGUUAAAUACAUGAUAGAUUUUUAUUAUUAUUAAAGUCAGUUUAUAAUACAAAGAA